AAACUCUUCAACUUUAUAUUAAAUGUCAAGCGUCUCACUACUUCUGAUGCAGAGACCAUUUGUACCUGCUUAGGUUUUGUGAACUAUUUUAAGGGCUGCUUGAUUCGAAACUUGAACGCGCCAAGAUGGAAGACUCCGUGUAUGUAACUAAACUCCCCGCUCCACGUGAAGUAUCACCACUCAUACGAACAGCGCGUUGGGGAUUGUUAGCUGCUGGGAUUGUUUAUGGAGCUCUACGCCUAAAAUAUCUUACUAGAAGGGAAAAGAAGAUAUCCGAACGUGACCGUACAAUUAUAGAAAAAAGAUUGAAAGAGUACAAUGAAUUGUGUGCUCUACAGGCACAAAAAUCUCUGGAGGAGUUAUCUAAAGCAACUGGUGUACCGUUGAAUUAGUAGAUAGCAUAAUAAACUUUAGAAACUACUAUGAUGUAUAUCACUUCCAAAUUUUCAGAUAUAUAGUCAGUCCAC